CUUAGAAGGAGGAGCGAAAAAGGGAGGAAAAAAACCCCCCAAACCUUCCUCCCGGAGCACUCGCUUCGCCUGGGGCGUCGCGAAAGCCGGCCGCUGCCCCGCCGCCCCCGGGUGCCAGGUUCCCGGUGCCCGGGGUGCCGGGGGCCGAGCCGGGGCAGCGCCGGGCCGGCGGCGCGGAGCGGAGCGGUGGGAGGGAGGCGGGUCUUUGGCCUCUUACCUGGAGAGGAGAAAUAACCCGAACUCAGGCAGGUCCCCCGCCGGGCGUCAAGCCGUCGUUUUUAUUCGCUGCUUUAUGCGCAGAGAGGGAGAGGCAGGAGGCUUACCCAGCCUUUCAGAAGGCAAUGAUGCUUUUACCAUUCGCCAUGACACACUGAGCAAGUGUAUACAAGUUAAAAACUCACGGAUAGUGAUAGAUGACUGCAAGGACACAAGUGAAGCUUUAUGGAAAUGGGUAUCCCAGAAUCGCCUCUUUCAUUUGGGGUCCAAGCAGUGCCUGGGACUUGAUAUAUUCACCAAAUCACUGUCUCGCCUGAAAAUGGUUGAUUGUAACUCAGUACUAAUGCUGUGGUGGCGAUGUGCUGAUGCUUCUAUCCUUGGUGCAUCUCAGUACAAAGUGACUAUCAAGAGUACCUAUGUAACUGCAAGCAUAAAUGCAACAGACCAGUGGAGAAGCAACAGUUCCUCCAAUGAUAUAUGUCAGUAUCCUUACCAUGAGGUUUAUACCAAAGAUGGGAACUCGUAUGGAAAACCCUGUGAGUUCCCCUUUCUGUAUAAUAAGACGUGGCAUCAUGACUGCAUUCAGGAUGAAACGCAUACGGGUGGGAAAUGGUGUGCCACAUCUGAAGAUUAUACUCAUGAUGGAAAAUGGGGAAUCUGCUUACAACCAGAGGAUGGUUGUCAUGAUAUCUGGGAACGUGAUCCGGGGUCUGAAAGCUGCUACCAGUUUAGUACGCAGUCUGCUCUUUCUUGGAAGGAAGCUUAUAUUUCAUGUCAAAGGCAAGGGGGAGAUUUACUUAGCAUCCAAGAUGCAUCUGAAUUAAGUUACAUACAAGCUAAGGAUGGCGUUGCUGAGAUCUUUUGGAUUGGCUUAAAUCAACUGGACGUUUCUGGAGGUUGGCAGUGGUCAGAUCACAAACCUUUGAAUUUUCUCAACUGGCAUCCAGAUAUGCAGAGUUUGUCCCCACUGGAUGGGACUAGCUGUGUGGUGAUGAAUGCUGCCUCAGGUCAGUGGCAGAGUUACCAUUGUGGGACUCCACUUCCAUAUAUUUGCAAAAAGUCACUCAAUGAAGUUUCAAGCCUUCCAGAGUUUUGGAGACACUUGGAUACUCGCUGUGAUUCAGGCUGGGUUCCCCACAAUGGUUUUUGCUACAUGCUGAUAAACAACCAGGCACCUUGGAGUACAGCAGAUGAGUUGUGCAAAGCAAAUAAGAGUAACCUCAUCAGCAUACACUCAUUAGCAGAUGUCGAACUGGUUGUUACAACGCUUCAUAAUGAUGCUAAAGAAGAAAUGUGGAUGGGUCUCAGGAAUGAAGAUGUACCAACCUUGUUCAAAUGGUCAGAUCACUCAGCUGUGGUUUUUACAUAUUGGGAUCAGAAUGAACCAAAAGUUCCUUUUAACAGCACUCCUAACUGUGUGUCAUAUUCAGGCGAGUUGGGACAGUGGAGAGUCAAAUCCUGUGAAGAAAAAUUGAAAUAUGUGUGCAAGAAAAAAGGAGAGAUUUUGAAUGAAACGAAAUCAGAUAGAAGUUGUUCACUGGAAGAGGGAUGGGAGAGACAUGGAAACUACUGUUACAAGAUUUAUAAAACAGAAGUUUCAUUUGGAGCACAGUGCAAUCUUACAGUGAUGAACAGAUUUGAGCAAGAGUUUAUAAACAGUCUAAUUAGAAAACACACCAAAGUUGAAGAAAAAUACUUCUGGACUGGUUUGCAGGAUAUUAGCCAAUCAGGAAUAUAUUCCUGGGGUACAGUGGAUGGGGAAAAAACUGAAGCCGUGACAUACACUAACUGGAAUUCCUUGCAACCAGCGUUUUCAGGAGGAUGUGUGGCCAUGCCCAGUGGAAGUUCUCUUGGAAAGUGGGAAACUAAGGACUGUAAAACCACUAAAGCAUUUUCUGUCUGCAAAAAAUACAUCGGGCUGCCCAAGGAGCCAGAAGUGCUCCCAAAGCCAACUGAUCCCUGUCCGCCUGGGUGGCACAAUGGAUCCGGCCUUGCCUGCUACAAGUUCUUCCACAGUGAAAGAGUGCUGCGAACCAGGACCUGGGAAGAGGCAGAAAGGUUCUGUGAAGCACUUGGAGGCCAUCUGCCUAGUUUUAGUCACUCAGAAGAAAUCAAGGCACUUCAUUCUAUCCUGAGAAAAAUAAUCAGCAAUGACAGAUGGGUAUGGAUUGGAAUGAAUAAAAGGAGUCCCGAUUCUUUGGGAACCUGGCAAUGGAGUGAUGAUAAACCCGUAACUAGUGUUGUUAUGCCACUUGAUUAUCUGGAAGAUGAAUAUGAUACAAGAGACUGUGCUGCAUUAAAGACCUCUCAGUUUUCACGGAGAUCAUUUUGGAGAUUUUAUUUCCAUGAAGGCAGAGACAUGGAAUUUUACUUCAAGCCUUUUGAUUGUGAAGCUAAGCUUGAAUGGGUCUGCCAGAUAACAAAAGGUAGCACUCCAAAGACUCCUGAGUGGUAUAUACCAGAUGAAAUUGGAAUUCAUGGAGCCCCACUUGUAGUUGAUGGAGCAGAGCUGUGGUUUGUACCAGAUAAAAACCUGACCUUCCAAGAAGCUAUUUUCUACUGUCAAAAAAAUGAUAGUGAUUUAGCCUCUGUGGAGUCUUAUCCAAAACUCAGGACAAUACUGUCUCAAAUAGAAAAGUUAUCAAACAGCGAACAGAAGUGGUGGCUGAAGUUUAUUGAUUAUGGUUACAGCUAUCAUUCACCUUUACAGUUAUUUUCACGCUUCCAUGAUCGAUUCCUGAGAGAUUGCUGGUAUGUUUCUAGAAAGAACUGGUAUAGAGACUACCCAGUGAACUGUAACGUGAAACUGCCCUUCAUCUGUGAAAAAAAAAAUGCCUCCUUACUAGAGAAACAUGAUCCCAGUUACCGCCCUGUCAGAGGAGGUUGCCCUAAAGGUUGGCAUCAGUUCCGGAGUAAGUGUUUUCUAAAGAUGAAACCUGAAUAUUUAACAUUUAAUGCAGCUAAUGAAAAGUGUGUAACUUUUGGAGGCUCUCUUCCAUCUAUCUCAAAUCAAGCUGAGCAAGAUUAUAUAACCUCCUUGCUUCCUGGUAUGCCAAAAGAUAUUUGGAUUGGUUUGCAGUUUCUGUUCAGCACAAGGGAAAACAAAUGGAUAGAUGAGAGUAGACUGUUGUAUAGUAACUUUCACCCACUCCUGACAGGAAGAUUAAGGAAAAUUCCACUCGACCUUUUUGAUGAAGAAUUUAACAAUCAGUGCGGUGUAAUCCUUAAUGAUCCCAAAUCACAGUAUGUUGGAACAUGGAAUUUCACUGCUUGUGCUGACAGGCACUUCUUGGGUAUAUGCCAGCGGCCUAUAGGAGAUGCUGAUAACCAGACAGAGCAAGUCCUUAAUGAAACAUUGAGCUAUCAAAAUGUUCAAUACAUGGUAAUUCUGAAGAAUUUGUCCUGGGAUGAUGCAAUGGCUGCAUGCAUAAAUAACAAGAUGCAGCUGGUUAGCAUCACAGAUCAGUUCCAGCAGGCUUUUCUUGCUGUUCAGGCUGCCCUUCGUAAUUACCCACUGUGGAUUGGACUCUUCAGCCGAGAUGGUGGAAAACACUAUGGCUGGCUGGAUGGGAAACAUGUUAGUUUUAGUCGCUGGUCUGAAGAUCAUGAAGAAACAAGCGAAGAAUGUGUGUUUUUGGAUACUGAUGGCUUCUGGAAAACUUCUGACUGUUCCUCUGAAAAUCGAGGUGCUAUUUGCUAUGCAUCAGAAAAGAAGAUUGAAAAAGAACAAGUUACACAAGUUAAGUGCCCACAUAAGAUUAAAAAUACACCCUGGAUAUCAUUUAGAAACAAUUGUUACACUUUUAUGAUAACAAAAAAUAGAUGGAGAGAACUGAAGUCUCAAGAAGCUCAUCAUUUAUGCAAGAAAAUGAACCCAGAAGCAUUUGUUCUGAGCAUUCGAGAUGAAGAAGAGAAUAACUUUGUUACUGAGCAGCUUCGUUCAUUCAGCGGUCUGGCUAUGUGGGUCUGGCUGGGUGUGAUUUAUGAUGACAGUGAUAAAGUUCUCAAGUGGUAUGAUGAAACUCAUCUGACUUACAAUAACUGGAGGCUGGGAAGACCUAACAUAAAGAAGAACAGUUUUUUUGCUGGUGUCAAUCUUGAUGGAUUUUGGGAUAUUUACAAUUAUUCUCAAAGCUGGCAUGCUCAUCACUAUAAUGUGUACAGUAUACUAGCCUGUAAAAUUGAAAGGGGACCCCAACAGCUCAAGCCUCUGUUGCCUGAGUCUAUUCCACAUGGAAACAGAACAUACAGGAUCCUUCAGAAAAAGUUAACAUGGUAUGAGGCAUUGAGAGAAUGCAAACAAAAUAGGAAUGAUUUAGCAAGUGUACACAGUGAAUCACAACAGUUAUUUCUAGAAGAUAUUGUCAAGCAGGAUGGCUAUCCUCUGUGGCUUGGGUUGUCAAUUCAUGAUGGAAGUAAAGCUAAUUUUGAAUGGUCAGAUGGAAGCGACUUCGACUACUAUCCUUGGGAAUUAGAAAAUUCAAAUACUACUGAGAACUGCGUUCUCUUGGAUACUAAAGGAUCUUGGAACCGUACAAAAUGUACAAAUGUUGCUGAAGGUGCCAUUUGCUAUAGCCCUCCAAACAAGAGACAAUUACAGUCAAAGCAAGUGAGCAGAGCCCCGGGAUGCCCGCAGAUCAGUGGUACCCUAAAGUGGAUACAGUAUAAGGAUCAUUGUUAUGCAUUUGAUAUGGCGUUCUACAAUUUUUCAGUAUAUAAUGUGGAAGAUGCUAAGAAAGUCUGCCAGAAACUGAAUCCUUCAGCAACCCUUCUGACUAUAGUGGAUGCUGAAGAAAAUGCAUUUGUGAGCACACACAUAAAGGAAAAUGAUCUCAUCACCAAGAAUGUAUGGCUUGGCCUGGCUCAGAGCUCUAAGGAUCAGUCCCUGAACUGGCUCGAUGGCUCAUCAGUUAAUUAUGUCAACUGGGAAAAUAAAACUGCAGCAGUCAAUGAAAAAUGCAGUGUUAUCCUGUCCACAACUGGCACAUGGUCCAGAGUUGACUGCAGUCGUAGUCAAAGCAGAGUGGUUUGUAAAGCUCCUCUAGGUUCUAAUCAUACCGGUGUGGCUGUAGCAUUUGCCCUGCUAAUAAUCUUAGUCUUGAUUGUUGGAUUAGUAUGGUAUCUCUAUAAAAAGAAGCGUCUUCACUGGAGUGCCUUCUCUUCAGUACGCUAUCAAAGAGGGAUGAACGAUGAUGAAACUGAUGAUGUGUUGACAAAGGAUAGCUAUUGAGAAACUGUUCCUUCUGGGCAAUUUCCCAUGAACUUCACUGUGUGAAGCCAUAAGGAAUGAACUACUUGAUGUUUUAUUACUUCAUUUUGGAAAAGUAAUAAGAAGGUUAUUAAUGGGGGCUAAAUUUUGUUCUUUUAUACAAGUGCAAUUUUUAUUCAAGUCCAUGGUAAUUAUUUACAUUUGGCCUCAGCCAUUUAAGGUGCAAGGUUUCUAGAGUUCUGUGAUAUUUUUUAAUUUAGUAUUUUCUCUCUUUCCUGGAAAGUGUUUUAAUGGAAUAAUUAAUGCCAAUAGUACUUCAUGCAACAUCACCUUAACAAAUGUACUUAAAAUUGCUACAUGAAUUCUGUAAGUUUGUACAAUUACCCAUCAAUAACUUCAUGCUAAAUGAUGUACCAUUUUGAUAUGCUGUAAAGGUUUUGCUGCUAGCAUUGGGUUACCCUGUAGAAGCAACUUUUGUAAUAAGCAGUUAUAAAUUUUGAUAUAGCAGGGGAGAAGGGAGUUACCAGACAACUAAGUGUUCAUUCCCAUCCAACUAAAAUUUAAAUUUUCUUGUUAUAGUGGAAGAAGAUCAUAUUGUGAUUUGCCCCCCACAAAGACAGACAAAAAAUACCAUGUUAUAGUGGUGAGAGAAUAAUCUUCCUUAGGCUGUAGAAUGUACACUUUGAAUAAAGAGUUAUAGGGAAUACCUUGUGCUAAAGCCAUACGAUCUAGGAGUAAGUUAAAUAAACAUAGAAUAUUUGAAGCCUGAGACUGGCAAGAUGGCAGAUCACUACUCUUAUCCCCUGAAGGUGGUAGUGGGGCUAACAAAAAUACCCACUAAGGGCUAACUGCAAACACAAGCAGAACUCAAGAUAUAAUAAAAGCCUUAGCCCUGUAAAAGCAAAGGCAUGAAUGUUAUGUUUUAUCCUGUGAUAUAACUGCUCUUUAAGUAAAUGGUUCAAUUUCUUUUCACAGCUCCUUUCACAAAGUUUUGAAAGCACAAAUAGCAGGAAUGUUUACGGUGAAAAUCAGUAUCUGGACCUAAGCAUUAAUUAAACAAGAUUCUAAAAACCUGCACUUGGAGUAGUAUUUAGAGAAUUAUGUACCACAUUCUAUCAUACAUCUUCAAGCUACUCUGAAGUUAGACUUCAGUGAUUUUCUUGUAGAUCAAAACACAGAAAAGUCAUGCUCUGUUUUAUGAUCUGUUACACUGUGACACCCAAGGACAGGAGUGUUGUAGUGACAGUGUUCCUUGUUCUGUAAUGAGAUCCUCCUGACACUUACUUCCCCUAAUACUCUUAUUUAUACUGGGAUUAAAUGCCUAACAUUAUAGGUGAAAUAUGUCAUCUGUCCAAGAAACAAGAUAAAGGUAUAUCUAAGGAAAGAGUAAGAAAGAACGUAUGGUGAAUAAACUUGUGUACAUAAAUGGUAAAAAUACUGGGGUAUUUUACAUAAAACUUUAAACUUGAUUUUUGUAUGUGAUGUGUUACUGUGGCCUUUUCUAUGCACUCCAAAGCAAGCUAUAAAGGGAAAAAGGGAAGACAUAAUUGUAUAUAUUAAUUACUCUAAUGAUUUGAUGAUUUAAUGUUUUGAGAAAGUCUUUAGCCUUUUCUAAUGCACAAUACAAAGAACAGGCGCAUUUACUUUUAUGAAGGAGGAUAUGUGAAAGACCAAAUCCAUUCCCCAUGUAAUGGUGGUAUGAUACAGUAAAUAGGAAUACAUUUGGUCUGACAUGCUGAGAAAAGUACUACUGAUUUCUCUGAAGCAACGGUGUGAGGUCAUGAUGUUCAACUGCCUUCCCUCCCCCGCUCCCCCGCAGUUUACUUAUGUUGAUGGCACUUUUCUUUGUUCCUGUUUGCACUAUUUUGAUAAGCAAGUGUUUAUCAUUUGUAUUGAUAAAUAGGGAACUUCUUGUAGAUAGCGCUUUAGAGCCUGUUAAAACAGCAGCCUGAAGGGGCACAGUCAAGGAGCCAUUGUGUUAGUUUGCUGAUCAAAAAAGUAAGCACUUUUGUUGUUUGUUUGGUACUUUAGGCACAAUUGUGAACAUUUUCUUUCUUCUUUCUUGAGGUAACUUGUAGAAAAAGUAGUUACAUUGCUAGUUACUAUGUAAUGAAAAUAACCCUCACCCCCUCCCCCCCGGCUUCUUAAACUUGCCCUGGUAUGAGAAGUGUUUGAAGUGUUAACAAAGCCUGGUUCCUGUCAUCUUCUGGGUUAGCUUAUAUGCCUAAGUGCUUUGCCAAAUGACUUCUAACUUAAUGGACUAAAAAAAAGUGUUUGUUAUUGUCCUUUCCUAACAACAGUAAUAAGUGGGGAAAAAUAUUUACAGAUUCUCAUGUUUUGAGAUUUACUAGUUUUAUAGAUGUUUAUACUCUGAGCAUUUUUAGGUGUGAAUCUGAAAUGGAAAAUGGAAAUUAGUAGUAAAAUCCUAAUUCUCCAACACACACGAAUAUAUACUUUUUAUAAAAAAAUUGUAUAUUUUAUUCUUAUGAAUGAUGUAAAUAAUUUUUAAGGCCCUUUUUCUCAUGUUUGUUUCAUCAUACCCAAGUUGUCUAAUCACUGGUAAUUCUUAUUUGAGUAAGCACAACUGCCUUAGUGCAGGUGAAUAACCCACUUUGAAAUACACAGAAAGAUUAUUUAGCAGUAUUGUUAUUGAAAGAAUAAAGUUAAAUAAAACACUAAA